AUGAAAACACCCGAAGGAGAGUGCUGCCCUGUUUGCAAAGGUUGCAUGGCGAACGGUAAUUUGUACAAAAACAAUGAGAGUUGGAAAGAGGACGACUGCGUUACUUGUCGUUGCAACGAAGGAAUUGUCGAAUGUCAGACAGCAAUGUGUUCGGUACCCUGCCUCAAUCCACGACGAGUUCCUGGUCAGUGCUGUCCAGUUUGCGAAAACAACUGCUCAUUUUCUUGCAAGUAUGGCUAUGCGACGGACUCACAGAACAGAGAAAUCUGUGAAUGCGCCAAACACGUACACAAAUGCCCUCUCCUGUCCACGUGCAAACGCCGAUGCACGUACGGCUACAAACGCACCCGUCACGGCUGCUUCCGCUGCAAAUGCAACGUGUGUCCGCCUCAUGAGUGCUCCAAGAAAUGUAUUUACGGAUACUUAACUGAUGCCAGGGGCUGCCGAAUUUGCGGUUGCAAAGGAAAGCCAUCAUUCGGAAAAACGACGACCCACAUCAGUGUUGAUUUGGGAAAAACGAUCUCUCCCCGGAGAAAAACAAGUUGUCUUUCAAAUGGUCUUUAUUAUAAAAAUGGCGAAAUGUGGAACGAUGGUUGCCGAGAGUGUUACUGCAAGGAAGGCAAAGAACUGUGUUCUCUGAUUGCUUGUUCCGUGCCACCUUGCAGUAACCCUAUUUACAGAAUUGGUGACUGUUGUCCCAGCUGCCCAGGUACCGAGCCGAUCUCUUCUAAGGAAAGAUACAAGCAAGAAAUUUGCCACGGUGAGAAUGGCAACGAGUAUGUGGAGGGUGAAGUGUGGGAACUCGAGAAAUGUACAACUUGUCUAUGCCAUCAUGGUAUAAUCCUUUGCAACACGGAGAUGUGCCCUCCCCAGUUAUGCCAUUUCCCCAUAAAAGUGGCGGGACAGUGUUGUGCUUUCUGCCCAAGAAAAGCAGACAAGCCCUCGCGCGUCCCACAAAAGUUAUUGAAGCAUUGCUUGCUGGACGGCAAACCGGCUUUCAAACACGGCGAGGUUUGGCGCAGUAACCCCUGCCAGAGCUGCACGUGCCGACAUGGACAUGUCCACUGCUUCUCCCAAACAUGUCCGGCGCUCUCUUGUAACCAGACGGUCUUACGAAAAGGCCAGUGUUGUGCCACCUGUUCAGUCAAAGAGUCGAUCACUUCCGCUUCCUCUCUGACAGACAAUUUCAUUCGAAAACCUACAUCGAAUAACCUGAUUGAUACAGAUCCUGCUGACGAUACAUCGUAUAUCAUCGUAAUCGCCAUUUUGGCUCUAAUCAUUUGCGGUGUCUUUGGAUUGCUCUGCUUGUUACUGUUUAAUAAAUAUCGAAAACAGACUUAG